UUGUUUUCAUGUCGCCGAUGGAGCCGAUGUAAACAAUCAAGUGAUAAAUAUGACAAUUUAAGAAUUUUUUUAAUAAGAAAUUAAAUAUCUCAUUUAAUGUUAGUUUAAAAAGACUGGUAAAGAAUUAUUUCCAUGUUUUAUAAAAUAGAAUAUUUUAGUAUAUAGUAAAGAUAUUUUAUAUAGUAUUCAAAGAAAAAUGCAAAUGUGAUAUUUAUUUAUAAUUAUAAUUUUAAAAUGUCAGACGCUUUUGAAGAAAUUCAAGCUAUUAAAAUUAAGAGAAAUUGUUUACGUGAAAAAUUACAAAAGCGAAAAAGAGAGAGAAAUGAAUUAUUCACUCUUACCUCAACUGCUUCGUUGUCAUCUUCCCCGUCUUCGGAGUCACAGAAUAUUAUUGUCGAAACAUCAUCAGUACGCUCUGAUCAUUCCGAAUAUGAACAGGAUGUUCUUUGCAUAUUACACGAGUCCACUUCAAAUUUACCAAUAACAUCAGCCGAUCUUCUGGAUCAAUUGAGAAAAAAUUUAAGCGCCGACGUUUCUUACGCAGACAUGAAUAAAAUAUUGGAAAAAUUCGCCGCCCAGGACGUUAUAAAAAUUAAGGAAGUAACCGAAGAUGGUAUUUUUGGAUACACAAUAAUCUCUGUUAUAGAAGCACAAUCAGUUCAAUCGCCUCUUGCUCAAUCGCUCAUUGUCGAGAGUCCCGAUCGAACGGAAUCUUCGGUAUCAGAAUCAAAUGAAGACGCCCCACCUGAGAAACAAUCGAAACAGGAUAAAAUCGAAGACAUUAUGUCAUUGAUCACAAUGCCAACAAUUAGGGAGAAAGAGAGUAAAAAAGUUGGCGAACAAAUUCUCGAUCUUCUAUCGAAACAAACGUCAAAAGAAAAAUCAUUAGCCGAAAGAUUUCGAUCGCAAGGUGGUGCACAAGUGAUGGAAUUCUGUCCCCAUGGGACGCGUAUUGAUUGCGCGAAAAUUAAUCAUACCAGUGGACAGGGAUUUGUUGGUAAAUGUAAAAAAUUGCAUUUCAAGAAAAUUAUACAAACUCACACGGACGAAUCUUUGGGUGAUUGCAGUUUUCUUAAUACUUGUUUUCAUAUGGAUACCUGCAAGUAUGUUCACUACGAAGUAGACAGUCUGUCUCCUCAACAACAAAGGGAACAAAAUCACGUACCACUAGACAACGAUGGAAAUAAUUCAACGAACGCUGAGACAAGUACAACCAGCACAAGUACAAACUGCAGUACUGGCAGUGAAUUAACACUCUAUCCACCCCAAUGGAUUCAAUGUGAUCUUCGCUAUUUGGACAUGACAGUUUUGGGUAAAUUCGCCGUGAUAAUGGCCGACCCACCCUGGGACAUUCAUAUGGAACUUCCCUAUGGGACAAUGUCAGACGAUGAAAUGCGACAAUUGGGAAUUCCAGCACUUCAAGACGAGGGUCUAUUGUUUCUCUGGGUCACUGGUCGUGCGAUGGAAUUGGGUCGUGAAUGUCUGCAAUUGUGGGGCUACGAGAGAGUCGACGAAAUAAUUUGGGUGAAAACAAAUCAAUUGCAGCGAAUCAUUCGCACUGGACGCACGGGUCACUGGCUAAAUCACGGCAAGGAACAUUGUCUCGUUGGAAUGAAGGGAAAUCCACGUAUUAAUCGUGGACUGGACAGUGACGUAAUUGUCGCCGAAGUGAGAGCGACGAGUCAUAAACCCGAUGAAAUUUACGGUAUAAUCGAACGCAUGAGUCCUGGAACGAGGAAAAUUGAAUUAUUCGGUCGUCCCCAUAAUGUACAACCAAAUUGGAUAACACUCGGCAAUCAAGUGAAUGGCAUUCGUCUCAUUGAUCCACAACUUAUAAAAGCAUUUAAAAAACGUUAUCCCGAUGGAAAUUACAUGAAACCCUGCAAAGUUUAGAAUUUUUAUUCACUUUUUUUUAUAAUCAAAAUAAUUGUAAAGCAUUCAAAAUUAUUUUUAAUCUGUAAAAAAGACUAGAAAUGUAAAAAUUUGUAAGUAAAC